GAAGCAACUGAGGAACUCUUUUCCUAGUUUGACAAUAUUGGACAGUUGAUAUUUACAUUCAUACGACUGUAUGGUACCCGUUGCUACGUGUAAUUUUUUUAUCAAACAUAAUAAUAUAAGUUGUAAAACUAUUGAAACGCCGAAUGAAUGUUUGUAUUGAUGAAUUAUACAGAAAAAAUAAAUAAAAACCAUUUAAUUGAAUCAUGAACAUUACUGCAAUGUUAAGAAAGUUCGAUGCUUACCCAAAAACACUUGAAGAUUUUCGAGUUAAAACAUUUAGCGGUGCUUUGGUCACAAUAGUGAGUUCAAUCAUCAUGUUUUCACUCUUUAUGUCUGAACUGAAAGAUUAUCUGACGCCGAGUUUGGAUGAAGAAUUAUUUGUCGACACAUCAAGAGGUUCUAAAUUGAAGAUAAAUUUGGACAUAAUUGUUCCUAAUAUAGCAUGUGAUUUGCUGUCAUUGGAUGCAAUGGACACUACUGGAGAACAACAUUUACAAAUAGACCAUAAUAUUUACAAAAGGAGGCUCAAUUUAGAUGGUCAGCCAAUAGAAGAUCCUAAGAAAACAGAUAUUUUGGAUAAUCAAACAGUUAAAAAGUUAGCUAAUCAGACUGUGACAACAACAACCGAAGUUAUCUGUGGAUCUUGCUAUGGAGCUGAAGAUGUAGAGCUGAACAUUACGUGCUGUAAUACAUGUACAGACGUGAAACAAGCUUAUAUCUUAAAAAAAUGGGCUUUCCCAGACCCUUCAUCAAUAAAACAAUGUGCUCAUUCAGCGUUACAUGAAAUAAACAAUGCUUUUACAGAAGGAUGUCAAAUUUAUGGGUAUAUGGAAGUCAAUAGAGUCGGAGGGAGUUUUCAUAUUUCACCGGGAAAUAGUUUUUCAAUUAAUCACGUGCAUGUGCACGAUGUUCAGCCUUAUGCAUCAAGUCAAUUCAAUAUGACCCAUAAAAUUCGGCAUCUAAGUUUUGGAGUUAAUAUUCCAGGGAAAACCAACCCUAUGGAUAACACAACUGUGAUAGCAGAAGAAGGUGCAAUGAUGUUCCAACACUACAUCAAAAUAGUUCCAACAACGUAUUUUCGUUCAGACAAUGCCCAGUUACAAACCAAUCAAUUUUCCAUCACUCGACAUUCUAAAAAAAUAAUGGCAUUUGGAGGUGAAUCAGGUAUGCCUGGGAUAUUUUUCAGUUACGAAUUGAGUCCGCUGAUGGUGAAAUAUACAGAAAAACAGAAAUCAUUUGGACAUUUUGCUACAAAUGUUUGUGCAAUAAUUGGCGGUGUGUUUACAGUGGCAGGAUUUAUUGAUACACUUUUAUAUCAUUCAGUUCGGGCAAUACAAAAAAAACAAGAAUUAGGAAAGUUUAGUUAAGUAAAUAAACUUCAGUCAUUUAAAGUUUUUCAAUUUAAUGAAUUGAUAAAAAAAAUGAAAUUAUAAUUAAUCUCGUGAUUUCUUGGAGUAAUGUUUUACAUAAGAAUUUUAUUAUUUGCAGUUGCCGUGAUUUCAUAAAUUGUAUUCAUAAGAUUUUUUGAGUCAUCAGUAUAUGAAUGCUUUCUUAUACAAUCUUUAAAAGUCUGAUUGCUAUAAUGAUGUUUUUGAAACAAGAAUUAAAAUAAAAUUUGCUAUCAAUU